UCAUGUCAUUGAUAGGUCUAAGACCAGAAUUUCUAAUUCAAUGGUAAAUGCCAAAGCGGAAAAUUAUGUUUAAAAGUUAUACAUACGAAAUGUUUACUAGUAAUAAUUUGUCUCGACUACUGACAACACACUCCGACCUAACGAGCAUCAAAUAAGAACAAAAAUAUUUAAACAAUAUGUCAUUGAUUUGUCUCCCAGCUGGCGAUACAUUCGUACCAGUUAAAAUAGAAGAACAUGAUUUAUAUGGAGGCAUUUUAAAUUUUCUUAAAGUUAUAAGGCCAAAUUGGCAAUCUGAUAAUAUUACGUUCAAGACUUUUACGGAUGGCAUCACAAACAAAUUAGUAGCCUGUCAAUUGGAUUCAAAUUCAAGUGGUGAGGAUGAAAUUAUCCUGGUUCGUAUAUAUGGAAAUAAAACUGACUUACUCAUUGAUAGAAAUGCUGAAAUCAGAAACAUCAAAACUUUGAAUGUUCUUGGAUUAGCGCCUAAAGUAUAUGGUGUAUUUGAAAAUGGUUUAGCAUAUCAGUACUACCCGGGCGUAACUCUCAAUAUUGAUUCUGUGGUGGAUGGCAAAAUAUGGCCUUUAGUAGCGCAGCAUAUGGCAAAAAUGCACAAAGUUAGACUAGGAGAAGAUAUUAAAAAAGAUCCAGUUACGUGGGACAAAAUAGAGCAAUUUCUCAGUUUACUUCCAGUGCCGUUUACUGAUGUAAAUAAGCAAAACAGAUUUGCCAGUAGUUUUGGGUCGAUAACAAGACUAAGGAUAGAGUUUGAACGCCUAAAAUCACACUUAAUCAAAACUGAGAGCCCAAUUGUGUUUGCUCACAAUGAUUUGCUUCUAGGAAACGUGAUCUACAAUCAACAUGAAGGGACCAUAGCUUUCAUUGACUUUGAAUAUGCAGCGUAUAAUUAUCAAGCAUUUGAUAUUGCGAAUCAUUUUAACGAAUUCGUUGGUCUUUCCAUUGAUGAUAUAGAUUACAAGAAAUAUCCAAGUAAAGAAUUUCAGUUGUCCUGGAUUAAGGUAUAUUUAACCGAGUAUAAGGAUGGAGUCACACCGCGCGAGAUAGAAAUAGAACAAGUAUACGCUGAAGUGCAGCAGUAUGUUCUUGCAUCUCACUUUUUAUGGGGUAUAUGGUCGCUUGUGCAGUUCGAGUUAUCUGAUAUAGAUUUUGAUUUCGGAAAAUAUGCGGAAAUUAGGUUAACCAGGUAUUACGAGUUAAAAGAUAAAAUAUUUAAAGAUUUAAGUUGAAUAAAUUUAUUGCAGCUAUGUAAUAUACGCCAAAUA